AUGGGAUACCAACAGUGGGUUAUCGUCAAGAUAACCAACUCCACCAAUAAGGCACUUAAGAUAGCCAAUUUGAGACUUAUGUACGGAAAGAUCCACAGGGAAGGCAACAAAGACGAAGAAAUUUCAGCCGACGAUGUCGACAGCACUGAGAUUGCUCCAAAUGCCACCUACACCCUUUGCACCUGUGGUCGAUCGGACUCCCCUUCUGGAGCUGAAGUAGCUUUGCAGUUGAUGCAGGAGCAGGCGGCAGUUUGCACUCUCUACUGGGACUGCCCCUGGGGAUCCAAGACCAACAACUUUGAAGUCCAGGAUCGUAACAAGCAGUAUGUUGUCUCUGCCGAGGGAUGGGUACGUGAAGGAGGUGCCCUCGGAACUGCUGAGGUUGAAGUCUUCAAGAAGGGCUAG